AUGGCCCACCAAGGAAAGACUGUUCUCGUAACAGGAGGAGCUGGAGGACUGGGCAGAGCCAUCGCCGACAACUUUCUCUCCGUUGGCGCCAACGUAGUCAUCUGUGACAUCAACGACAAGCUAUUGGCCGAUUUCAAUGAGAAGACCUCAUCGACUUACCCUGAUCGUACUCUAGCCAUCAAGACGGACAUUACCUCUGAAGCUGAAUUUGACUCUCUGUUUCAACAGAUCGAGGCCAAGUUCGGCCACCUGGACUAUGCAAUCAACAACGCUGGUAUCGUAGACCGAUUCGAUCCAGCUGGAACACUUGAGCUUGAUCUGUGGAAUCGUGUCAUUGCGUUGAACCUCACGGCUCCAGCGUUCGUCACCAAGCGUGCGGUUAACUCGAUGCUCAAGGCAGAGGUCAAGGGUGCUAUUGUUAACAUCGCUUCUGUUUCCGCAUUUAAAGGUGGUGCAGCUGGAGCGGCCUACACCGCAUCCAAGCAUGGUUUGAUUGGUCUCACCAAGAACACCACUGCGUUCUACAGAAUGAAGGGCAUUCGAUGCAAUGCCAUCUGCUGUGGGGGAAUGCAGACAAACAUCGGGGCAGGAUUCGCAACCAACCCGCCAAAUCUGGAGGGUAUGGCCCUGAUGAACAAAAGCUUCGGGGAAUGGCCGGGAUGUAUGGCAGAUAUCGGCGGAGUCGCGAAAUUGGUUGCUUCGCUGUGCGAUGAGGAACAAUCCUUUGUGAAUGGAGCGGUCGUGACUGCCGAUGGAGGUGUUACCGCAUCGUGA